ACACAGACAGGACACACAGAUAGAACAUAGCAUGUCUCUACACACAGACAGGACACACAGAUAGAACAUGGCAUGUCUCUACACACAGACAGGACACACAGAUAGAACAUAGGAUGACAUGACAUAAACAUGGGAAAGCACAUGGUACAGACAGACAUGGGACAAACAUGAGAUAGCCAGAACAUGGGACUGACAUGGGGGACUCAGAUCAGGCUUCACCACCUAAAGCAAUUUUUAUUGUCAUGUGACCAUCCAGACAAGGAAAACAAUGUCUCUGACCAAAGCCCAUUCUAAAGCUCUGACUUAGGAAAAUGUCCUGGUUCUAAACCACUGUCUGUAAAGGAAACACGAGGCAGUCAUCAAGGUCCUUGGAGAGUACGUGUUAACAGAUCCUUAGGAACUUUUACAGCUGCACCAUCGAGAGCAUCCUGACUGGUUGUAUUACUGUCUGGUAUGGCAACUACACCGCCCUCAACCGGAAGGCCCUACAGAGGGUGGUGCGGACUGCCCAGCGCAUCACUGGGGGUGAGCUACCAGCCAUCCAGGACGUACAUGCCAGGCCGUGUCUGAGAAAAGGCCUGAAAAAUUGCCAAAGACUCCAGCCACCCGAGAUAUGGACCAACAGACUUCUAAACAGCUUCUAUCCCCUGGCCAUUAAAGUCUAACUACUACUUCUCCCCCUCACACCUACAAAUGAUUAUUGAUUAGAUAUAUUACUACCACUGCUCUGCUGCUCAAAUGAUUAUUGAUUGUCAUUACCAUUAUUCUCUCUAUUUAUCCUGCUACUGGUCACUAUUACUCCUGUUUACAUGUAUACGUUACCAUUAGUAUUUAUCUAUUACUCCUGUUUACAUGUAUAUAUUACCAUUAGUAUCUAUCUAUUUAUCCUGUUACUGGUCACUAUACGUUACCAUUAGUAUAUUACCAUGAGUAUUUAAAUAUUCCUGCUCACUAUUCAGACCUGUUUACAGCCCAGAGGCCUCAUUUAUAAAACGGACUUCCGAUCAAUUUGGAUCUUAAGUAUGACUUACGCAGAAAACCACGUAUAAGUAGUUAUUUAUAAAACCUUACUUUGACUUGGAUAUGAUCAUAUCUCUACUCAAAGUCUAGACUUGACGUAAGUGAUUUUCGUGCUGGUUAUGUACGGAUGUUCUUUUUUUCAGACCAUUUCUUCUUCACAUCAGCCACAGUUCUGCCUUGCUGCCCCACGUCGUUCACUGCAGCGGCGACACUCCCAAGAUACCUGUUUGGCUGUGUUUGUCAACCCACUAUUUAGUCCACAGAAUAAUACGUGUUGCCUGUCUUCAAUCUCCUCUACCAUCGCCGUGAUCUCGUCUUCCAAAAGUUAGCUUUUCUCUUUUGGUCCAUGGUUAUUCCUUACUAAACCCUCAUUUGCGCUAACGUUCUAUAAGGGGAAAUCGCUGAUUUCACGUUCAGGUGCCGUCAAUUUCUGGUUAAUUUGAGAUUUAUAGAUGCCAGGUGCGUAAAUUACAAAUGGGCUUCUCAGAAGCUGCGGAAGCAAGGUUUUUUAUGCUCAGUAUCUUUUAUGAAUCUUGAAAUGAUCUUGUGGUACUGACCCUGUAUAUAGCUUCCUGUCUGUGGUACUGGCACUGACUCUGUAUAUAACUUCCUCUCUGUGGUACUGGCACUGACUCUGUAUAUAGCUUCCUCUCUGUGGUACUGGCACUGACCCUGUAUAUAGCUUCAUGUCUGUGGUACUAGCACUGACCCUGUAUAUAGGAUCGUCUUUUAUAUCUUAUUUCUCGUGUUUUUUUGUGGUUGAUUUUUAAUAGUUGUAUUACCAAUUGGUAUUGAAUACAGCACUGUUGGGUAGGGCUUCAAAUCAAAUCAAAUCAAAUUUAUUUGUCACAUACACAUGGCUUGCAACUUAAGCACUGUACUUGUUACCAAUAAAAUAAAAUGUAUAUAUAUAUUUUGCAAAUACAGUAACCAAUGGAACUUUCUGAACUAUAGAAAUGUCUCAGUGUAAUUCAACACAUGUAGAGAUACAAAUAAGAUGGAAGUUAAAAAAGAACAUAACAACAACACUCUGCUUAAUGGGAGUAAGAGCUGAGUGUCAGGGACUGACCUAGAACCUGCUAAUCCCACGGGGAUGUUGUGUGUGCCUGAGUGUCCAGGAAGCCUUAUUGUCAAGGGCUUAAUCUGCUGAAGGAGACGGAGGUUUACAGAGACUUACCCCGUCCACUUCCACCUCCUCUCUGACAGCCGUUUAGAUCAUCUAGUGUUUCUGCAGUGGCCCGGGAUCGGUCCUUAGUGAUUUCACUGCCUUGACUCACCACAUUAACCUUUUAGAUCAGGGAUCCACCUGAAGCUCUUGAAGUUUUCUUGUGAACCGUCAAGGAGGACUAGAGACAUAUUUCAAAUCAGGACAGGAUAUUGAACAGGGACCUAAAGGGAAUCAGGUGGGACCCACCAGUGACUCGCGACCCUCCAGUUUGGGAAUCAUUCGUUGACUGGACGUAAGGCAGGACCUUGGGCCUCCAGUCCUGUCUCUUCUCUCCUUCAGCCUGUGGAGUAACUGGGCCUCAGGAUGGAGUGCAUAAAACACAUUAUAAAGAGCCUGGUCUCUGUGAAGGUUUGGGCAUACAUCAAGGGCUACUGUAAACGCAACGGGCUGCUGACGCUCUCGGUCAUCGCCGUUGUUUCCGGCUGUGUGCUCGGAUUCUCCCUCCGCAGCUUCAACCUCUCCACGCAGGCUAAGAUCUACUUCUCGUUCCCUGGAGAAUUGCUGAUGAGGAUGUUGAAGAUGCUGAUCCUGCCUCUCAUCACGUCCAGUCUGAUGUCGGGGCUGUCAGCCAUGGACACUAAGGCCAGCGGGCGGCUGGGGGUGCUAACCAUCACUUACUACCUGUGGACCACCUUCAUCGCUGUCAUCGUCGGCAUCAUCCUGGUGCUGGUCAUCCACCCUGGUACGGGCACAGAGAAGGACGGGCACAGAGGAGGGUCAGGGCCCGUUAUGACUUCUGCUGACGCUCUGCUGGACCUCAUCAGGAACAUGAUUCCCUCCAAUCUGAUAGAGGCAACUUUUCAACAGUACCGUACAGACCUGGUGCCCAUAGUGGCCUCCAGUUUGGUGGAGUCCCAGGCCAACUACGUCUACGUGAUGCCCGACCACAACAACCCUCAGCUGGGCCACCCGGUCUUCCUGGAGAUCACCCCAGCUCCAGACAUCAAGUACAAGAUCGUCCCUGGCCACAGCUCUGGCAUGAACGUACUGGGGAUUGUCAUCUUCUCUGCUACUAUGGGCCUGCUCCUGGGGAAGAUGGGCGAGAGAGGCGCUCCAUUGGUCAAUGUGUGUCAGUGUGUCAACGAGUGUGUUAUGAAGAUCAUCAAUGCUGCCAUGUGGUAUUUCCCUUUCGGCAUUGUGUUCCUGGUAGCAGGGAAGAUCCUGGACAUGCAUGACCCCGCCCACCUGGGAGAGAAGCUGGGGAUGUACUUCAUCACAGUGUUAGCCGGCCUGUUUGUCCACGGACUCAUCCUGCUGCCGCUCUUCUACUUUGUAAUCACACGCAAAAACCCCUUCACCUACAUCAGGGGCCUGCUACAGGCUCUGGUCAUCGCCCUGGCAACCUCCUCCAGUUCUGCCACCCUGCCCAUCACCAUGAAGUGUCUGUUGGAGAACUGUGGAGUGGACAGACAGAUCGCCAGGUUUGUCCUUCCAGUGGGAGCCACCAUCAACAUGGACGGGACAGCCCUCUACGAGGCCGUGGCAGCCAUUUUUAUCGCUCAGGUCAACGAGUACGAACUGGACUUUGGUCAGCUGGUCACCAUCAGUAUCACAGCGACAGCGGCCAGUAUCGGGGCUGCUGGGAUUCCGCAGGCGGGCCUGGUUACCAUGGUGAUUGUCUUGACCUCUGUGGGGCUUCCUCCCGCUGACAUCACACUGAUCGUGGCCAUCGACUGGGUCCUGGAUCGUUUCAGGACCAUGAUCAAUGUGUUGGGAGACGCUCUGGCUGCAGGCAUCAUGUGUCACCUCUGUAAGAAGGACUUUGAGAGGAGGGAGUCAAACGCUAACUCUGCCCGGAGGGACACAGUGAUCUCCUUCGGUGGCCAGAGUGUCCAGAGUUGUGCCCUGUCCGAGGCUCCUCUCAUGGACUAUGCCCAUCGCUGUGACUAUGUCUACGAGGUGGAAGGUGACUGUGUCACAGAGAAAUCUGGCCCCACUUACAACCUGUGUCAGGUUUAGGAGAAACCCGUUCCCUGUUACAAUCUGUGACCUUUGUUACAAAGAAACCGGUCCCCGGCUGCAACCUGUAUCACAGAGAAACCGGUCCCCUUCUACAUGCAGUGUCACAAACAAACCCGUCCCCCGCUACAACCUGCGUCACAGACAAACUCUGUUUGGUCUGAGACACUUUCACUGGACAGACAGCAGGGGGCACUGCCCGCCUUCAACAGAGACCUUUCUAUUCACAUGAAUAUACGUAGAGUUGUCCUGAUAUCAAUGGCUUUGGACUGGGGAAUUACAAUGGGACUGGGAAACAACCCUGCACUGAAACAGAGUUUGCACUUUUUUGAUGUGCAUUUAUCAGGAGUUGACUAUAAUGUCCUCUGAUGGAUCUGUUGAUGGCUGAUUGUGUGCUCACACCACUAAGUCACUUUAGUUAGUGUCUGGUAAAUGUUCAACGUUUUACUGUCUGAUGAUCACACCUGUGCCAUGAUGAGGAAGCAGGUUUUCCUCAUCGUUUUGUGACUGGCUAGGCUACUGUAACCUACCAGUGACAGGGACUUAUACAGUAGGUCCACUAGGGUGCACGUUAUGUCCGAGUCAGUUUUCCUUCUUUAGCUCAAUGCAGAUUCUGCUCAGGACACCAUUUUGGUGCCACAAUGUACUGCAGUACAGCACAUUUUCUAGGCAACCAGGUGGCAUUAUGGACACCAUUUUGGUUCAAUGUACUGGGGACUGUAAAGAUAGAUGGCAAGAACUUUCACAACUUUCAGAGGUUUUUUGAAACCUUGUUUGGUAUCAGAAUGGCUAUGGAUACUUGCAUGAAGAUACAAUGUUUUAGGGCAGGAGUAUUCAACUCUGACCCUACGAGGUCCAGAGCCUGCUGGUUUUCUGUUCUACCUGCUAAUUAAUUACACCCACCUGGUGUCCCGGGUCUAAAUCAGUCCCUGAUUAGAGGGGAACAACAAAGAAAAUGCAGUGGAACUAACCAGAGUUGAGUUUGAGGGUUCUAGAGAUAUAUAACGGUAGUUUAACACACAACUGUGAGUAUGAAUAUUGUUUAUUUAGUAAUAGGUGUUUUUAUAUGGUUUAAACUUAAAUGUUGCACUUGCACAUUUUUCAUUUUUAUUUUGCAGUCAGGUUUUGGAGUUGCCUUGAAAUGUCCUCAAUAGACCAGUCACCGUUGCUGAGAAUGUUGCAACCAUGAAAGUGCUGAAAUUUAUAGGAUUUUAUACUGAAAAUGAGUUUAAAACAUACAGUCAGUGACUAUGGGUAAAACCCCUCAUCGCUACCUCUUGUCAACUGAACUAUAACAAAUACAGAACGGAUAACUGGUAUUUCAAUGUCUUAUUGGUAGAAUUACAGUAUAUUUCACUGUGAUGUACAUCUUUGACCACCUAGGAUCUUGAAGAAACUCCUCAAGAUGUUUUCUAUAGAAAUGAAACUUGUGUACAUGCAAGAUACUUGUACAUUGUUAUUUUCUAAUCCAAUUUGAAGUGUAAUGAUUUGAGCAUAACAUUCCCCCACCCCUUCCUCACAGUACACACAAUAAGCCAAAAGGAUGAUCCUGCUGAGCCUUAUAAAGCUUCCAGAUAUUUUAUUCAAUGUAAUUGUGUGUUAGACAGGUUCUGAACAGGCCUUCCUUCAAAACCAAACAGGAAAUCAAAAUGAAUCCAUUCAAAAAGUCAUAAAGAAAAACUCCCAACACGAAGAAUUUACAAACAUGUAAAACUACAAAAGUCAAAUAAAUGACAUCUUUGUGCCUCUGCUGUUGCCACGUUCUUCCAUCUCUCCCACAUAAAUUAAGGCUAAAAACAGGUUAAUCAUAAUCCAGUUAUUCCUGUAACCUCACUAGCAUUUCAACAUAGUAGCACUCUGAGAAGCUGGAGCUGAUUAGUAGAACUCAAUAGAAAAAUAUCAAAAGGAUGAGAACAAAAAGUUAAGCAAGUGAACCACUCCCCCUCUAGUGCAGUGUCCGGUUCAGAAUAACCACUCUCUCUAGUGCAGUGUCCGGUUCAGAAUAACCACUCUCUCUGGUAACGUUUCCAGUUCAGAAUAACCACUCUCUCUAGUAACGUUUCCAGUUCAGAAUAACCACUCUCUCUGGUAACGUUUCCGGUUCAGAAUAACCACUCUCUCUGGUAACGUUUCCGGUUCAGAAUAACCACUCUCUCUGGUAACGUUUCCAGUUCAGAAUAACCACUCUCUCUAGUAACGUUUCCAGUUCAGAAUAACCACUCUCUCUGGUAACGUUUCCAGCUCAGAAUAACCACUCUCUCUGGUAACGUUUCCGGUUCAGAAUAACCACUCUCUCUGGUAACGUUUCCGGUUCAGAAUAACCACUCUCUCUGGUAACGUUUCCAGUUCAGAAUAACCACUCUCUCUAGUAACGUUUCCAGUUCAGAAUAACCACUCUCUCUGGUAACGUUUCCAGCUCAGAAUAACCACUCUCUCUGGUAACGUUUCCAGUUCAAAAUAACCACUCUCUCUGGUCACGUUUCCAGUUCAGAAUAACCACUCUCUCUAGUACCGUUUCAGUCUGGUUUCUAGGCUGUUCCCAGAACCCAGAUGAAGCCUACUUCUGGACAUUAAAUCAUGCUCAAUGGAGAAUCUCUAUUGAAAGUCCAGGAGACAAGGCCCUAACUUUCUAAAACAACUGUCGCCCAUUAUGUUGAAGGUUAGGACUGUGUAAGGGUAAACUGAUCCUAGAUCUGCUGCAGCAGGAAACUAACUAAAGCCAGUUGUCUGAUCCUGUGUUAUGGUGCUGCUGUAGUCAGUUAUUUUCUCUCCAACAGACGACAUUCUCAAACCUACAUAGGAAAGGCCUUGGUGAUGGAAAGUGCACAAAACCAAGAUAUGUUAAAAACAGAUGUAGGAAUAUUCUCUUAAUGUCAAACCCAACCGCCAGUCUUCUUCCCAAUUACAGAGUCCUCUUAUUUUAAGUCGAAAAACGUCACUUGAACAUGCCUGGGUUUAGCGGGGUUUUUUUUGGGGGGGGGGGGGGGGGGGGUUACCCACUUUUAGGCUAUUGCACAUUUAUAAAAAUAAAAAAAAUGGCUCAGUUUCUCAGAGUGACUGUUUGUUGGCUGCAAGGCAGAUCAAAGAAGGUCCAUAAGUGACAAACUGCCUCCUGCAGUACCUGUAUUAGAAGACUCCUUAUGGGUUUCAUCACUUACCUACACACGCACCUUUUUUCCCCCCGCACAAUUGGUUAGAGCCUGUAAGUAAGCAUUUCACUGUAAGGUCUACACCUGUUGUAUUCGGCACAAGUGACAAACUUUGAUUUGAUCAGUAACUCCUAGAUCCUAUUAACAUGAAGAAGGACUCCCAUCUUUGAAACCCUGAAAGCCCUCUGCCUCAUGUUUCACACAUAAGUUUGAAUGAAAAUAAGGCCAACGUCUGAGGUGUUUUAUACUGGAGACUCCAUCCUCUUGGCCUUCAGACCAUCUUGGAGUCUAGCUAAACCUUAUGUUAACCAUUCAAACAUCCUGUAAUAUCUCAAUGGGAGUGCGGUAAGUAGUGUCAUACUGUAGUAUCAUCAUAUUAGCAGUCUGGUGUCUGUAGCUCUACAAUCUAAACAGAAAACCCAAUGAAAAAUCCCAAACCAAAUCUGAAGAAAUAAAACAAAACAAAAAUGUUGAGUCAAAUCUAACUAAAAUUUAAUGAUUGCAUAUGCAAAGUAAAACAAUCAAAACAAAUCUAUACCAACAAAAAUAAAUCACAAAGGCCAUAAAUUCUUCUUUAGCUCGAGAUGAGCAUAAAAACUUAAAUAAAAACUCUUGCAACUCUCCGAUCAGUAAUCUACGCUUCGACGAAAAAAGAAAAGUUAGUCUCUCAGAAAGAAAAUUCAAGAAAAACAUAAAAACUUUUUUUUUUUUUUUUUUUUUACAAAAACAGAAAACUGGAUGAGAGAGAGAGCAGUGUUGGUUCACUUUGUGUUAGAUUCAGCCUUCGUACCGGUUGUUCAGAUGCCCAAACUAUUACUGGUGAGGGGAAAUGAGUCAUAACAGUAAGCAUCUUUCCCUAUUCACAAAAGCUUCUCAGAGGACUGAAUGCUGAUCUAGGAUCGACAAGGCCAAACUGAUCCUAGAUCAGCAUGUGAAUACGGGCCCUGGGGCAGUUAGAGCAUAUCCUUCCAUUUCUUUGGUCCUUCUUAAACACUUUCCUACUUUAAAAUCUCCAGACCUUUUUACAUGGCCUCUCAGAGAUUCAACUGUUAAAAGACCCCCAAAAACGGGACACACGCGCUGCUAUGUAAUGGUACCAUUCAGUACCUAACUUGCUGUGUAUAAAACUGAUUCUGCAAGGUGAGAGAAGACCAAUGCAUGGUUUACGUCAAAACGGCUGACAUUAUACAAUAAGGAUUUAAAAGGGGCUUUUCUUUUAGAAUGGCUGGAGACAGUGGAUGGCUUGACAGGGUGUGCGGGUGGUAACUUAAGGCAUCUAUUUCUACACUGGAAACAGCGUCUAAGACAGCAUGCUUCCUCCUACAGUGGGGGACUAGACGCAUGACUGUAGCACAUCCUUCUCCAAGUCCCUACCGUGGUCCUACCAUUCAUAUGGCACAUAGUGACACUAGUUUAGUCUCACAGGAAAAACAAUCUAGUCUUGAAUUGUGAAAUUGGUCACCAUAUCAGGAUGGACAUUGAUAACUGCGUUUGGAACAUCCCAAAUCAUGAGUAAAAAAAAAAAAA